CGGCUCCGGCUCCGGCUCCGGCUCCGGCUCUGGCAGCUUUCUCGCCAGAGUCCCAGAACUCGCGCUUUCUUGGCAUCCGCUGCAUUGGAUCACUGGCGUGCCCCACCAUGUCAGACGCAGCCAUGGACACCAGCUCCGAGAUCACCACCAAGGACUUGAAGGAGAAGAAGGAGGUGGUGGAGGAAGCGGAGAAUGGACGAGACGCCGCCGCUAACGGGAAUGCUAAGGAGGGAAAUGGGGAACAGGAGGCUGACAACGAGGUAGACGAAGAAGAGGAAGAAGGCGGGGAGGAGGAGGAGGAAGAGGAGGAAGGUGACGGUGAGGAGGAGGAUGGUGAUGAAGAUGAGGAGGCUGAGGCAGCUACGGGCAAGCGGGCAGCUGAAGAUGAUGAGGAUGACGAUGUUGACACCAAGAAGCAGAAGACCGAUGAGGAUGACUAGGCAGCAAAAAAGGAAAA